UGAAUGCGAUUUCCUGCUUCUUAGCAGGGGGUUGGACUGGAUGGCCCAUGUGGUCUCUUCCAACUCUACUAUUCUAUGAUUCUAUGAUCGUAGCCAUCAACCAUGACUGAAUAUUCUGUUGUCUGAAUGCCCCAUCGGUGUUUCCCAUUGCCAAGACUCUACCCUUGGAAGACAAUCAGAUUCAUGGGGCCUAAUGAUCGCCUAUGACAAUUUAGUUGUUUUUGUUCCUUGCUUUUUGGGGAGCUUUGUGGUUGCUCCUUCCUGGGAGACUUGACACUCUUUUUCCAGGAUCCAGCGCAGUGCUGCCACCUCCAGUCCGCCUGGAUCUGCUUAGAUCCUCCUCCGGCCCAAGUCUGAAUUGCAAAGGAGAGGCAAUAGUUAAAGAGAGGAGGAGACUGAAGGAGGAGGGAAGAGGAGGAGUGUCAGCCGAAGCGGGACCCAGGAAGGAAGGAAGAAGGAAGGAGCCAACCUGCCCAGUAUCCCCAGACAUCCCAGUGGAGAUGGCAGCGGCAGACGCCUUGCUGGGCCUGGGACUAGGCCUGGGCCUCUAUGCCUUGGUCUACCACAACUUUCUCAAAGGGAGCCGCUGCAGGAACGAGACUCUUCUCCAGGGCAAGACGGUCAUCCUCACCGGUGGAAACACCGGGAUCGGGAAGGCCACUGCGUUGGAUCUGGCCCGCAGAGGAGCAAGGGUCAUCUUGGCUUGUCGCGACAAACAGCGAGGAGAAGCAGCCGUCUACGACGUCCGGAGGGAAAGUGGGAACAACGAAGUCCUUUUCAUGAGCCUGGACUUGGCCAGCCUGCGUUCGGUGCGAGCUUUUGCGGAGGCCUUCUUGCGAUCGGAGCCCCGACUGGACAUCCUCAUUAACAACGCAGGCGUUGGCUGCGAAGGCCAGACCGAGGACGGCUUCGGGGUGACGUUCCAGGUGAACCACUUGAGCCACUUCCUCCUGACCCACCUGCUCCUGGAGCGGCUCCAGCGCUGCUCCCCCAGCCGCAUCGUGGUGGUGGCGUCCAACGCGCACCGGUCGGGGAAGAUGGACUUCCGGAGCAUCCCUCGCCCGGCGGAGGGCACCGCCCAAGCCUUCCAGGCCUAUUGCAACAGCAAGCUGGCCAACAUCUUGUUUGUCCGGGAGCUGGCCAACCAGCUGGAAGGGACCGGCGUGACCUGCUACGCCGUUCAUCCAGGGGUGGUGAACACGGAGCUCUUCCGCCAUGCUCCCUCCUGGGCGAAGCCCUUCCUCUUCCUCGUCUCCCGGCUCUUCUUCCGAAGCCCUGCGGACGGGGCCCAGACGUCCGUCUUCUGCGCCACCGAGGAAGCCAUCGAGAAGCUCAGCGGGCGCUAUUUCGCCGACUGCCGUCUGCGGGAACCCCGUCUUCAUGCACGCGACGACGCCAUGGCCAAGAAGUUGUGGGAAUUCAGCCUGGGCUUGUUGGGACUCACCUCGUGAACCUCCUUCCCAAGGAUGGAGCUUUCUCAAUCCGUCCGGAAGGAGACAAAUACACAUCUCUGGCGGAGUUCGAGAGAGAAUUCCCACUGGAUCCAAACAUUUUGAACAGGGGGUCAGUUCACAAUCCUUUGGACCAUUGGAGGGCCAGACUAUAGUUGGCCACCAAGCAAUAAUAAUAAUAACAAUAACAAUAAUAAUAAUAAUAAUAAUAAUAAUAAUAAUAAUAUCAGGACCUCAAGAUCAAACUGCAAAGGCUCUGGUAGAAACCAGUGCAGGUGGUCCCGGUGGUGAUGGGCACACUGGGUGCCGUGCCAAGAGAUCUCAGCCGGCAUUUGGAAACAAGACAUUGACAAAUUCAUGAUCUGCCACCUGCAAAAGGCCACCCUACUGGGAUCUGCACGCAUCAUUCGAAAAUACAUCACACAGUCCUAGACAUCUUGUUUGCUGUGU